UGUGCAACAAGUAAAACCACAGCGGGCCAGAGUGUGUUGAAACACACACAAACAACAUUUACAGGAACACUUUCUUUUGACUUCUUCUUUGCUGUCACCUUGUGCUCCUUCAACCACGAGCUGCUUGAAGUCAUAACCUCCUCAACGUCCAUGCACGCGAAACGGCGGCACUGAGUGUCAGAAUGAGAUGUCGUCUCAUAGCGGCUCCUUUGUGCAAAUCAACUUCGAUGACAUCCACUUCUUCGAGAACUGUGGCGGCGGCAGCUUCGGAAGCGUGUACAGGGCCAGAUGGAUCAGCCAGGACAAAGAGGUGGCGGUGAAAAAGCUGCUCAGGAUUGAGAACGAGGCGGAAAUCCUGAGCGUCCUCAGCCACCGCAACAUUAUCCAGUUUUAUGGCGCCAUCGUUGAGGCUCCCAACUAUGGAAUCGUUACGGAAUAUGCCAGCAAGGGAUCUCUCUACGACUACCUGUCCUGUGCUGAGAGUGAAGAGAUGGACAUAAGCCACAUUAUGACCUGGGCUACAGAGAUUGCCAGAGGGAUGCACUAUUUGCACUCAGAGGCCCCAAUUAAAGUGAUCCACAGAGACCUGAAGUCAAGGAAUGUUGUCAUCACAGCAGACAAAGUCCUGAAGAUCUGUGAUUUUGGGGCCUCCAAGUUUCUGACCCACACGACUCACAUGUCUCUAGUGGGUACCUUUCCAUGGAUGGCGCCCGAGGUCAUCCAGAGUCUGCCCGUGUCUGAGACCUGUGACACCUUCUCCUACGCUGUGGUGCUGUGGGAAAUGCUGACUCGUGAGGUACCAUUUAAAGGACUGGAAGGCUUGCAAGUGGCUUGGCUCGUUGUGGAGAAAGACGAGAGGCUAACCAUCCCCAGCGGCUGCCCUGCCAGCUUUGCAGAGCUGAUGAGGGACUGCUGGAGGACAGAUCCAAAAGAGAGGCCGACGUUCAAGCAGAUCCUGUCUACUUUGGAGUCCAUGUGGAACGACAGCCAACUCUCCGAACAGUGCAACUCUUUCCUCCACAACAAGUCUGAAUGGAGGUGUGAGAUUGAAGCCACGCUGGAGCGGCUGAAGAAGCUGGAGAGAGAACUGAGCAGCAAAGAGCAGGAGCUGAAGGUGCGGGAGCGCCGUCUAAAGAUGUGGGAGAGCAAACUCAUCCAACAAUCCAACAGCCCGGUGAGUUGCUGCUAA